UAGACACAUAUAAAUGUAUAUACUAGUCCUUAAAAGUCGUCAUUUUUUGUCAUCAUAGAAUAUUUUUCAUACAACAUGGACACACUUUAUACAACUGGUCACGGAUUUCAUGGCUUUCCAUCCUCAUUCAAUAUAUCUUCACCCACAUCAUCAUUAUAUAAUCCCGGUUCUGCAUGGGGCAGUCAAGAAGGUAUUGUGGCAUUGGGUGUCGUACUUGGCAGUUCAAUAUCCUUAGUCGGAUUAGCAUUUGCUUUUAUCACUUACAGUCUAUUCAGUGACCUGAGGUCAUUAGCAGGUACAACCCUUCUAAGCCUGCUAGCGUCAUUAUUUAUGAGUCAGCUGCUAUUUGUCAUUGGUGUUGGUGGAAUUCAGGACGCCGAAUUAUGCUUAUCACUAUCAUUAGCGCUGUUGUUUAUGAAAUUGGCAUCAUUAUGUUGGAUCUGUUGUUGUUGCCAUCAUUCUCUUAUUAUAUUUCGUCGAAACAGAAACAUAUCUCUUCAGCCAGAACAGAAAAUGGGAAAAGUUUUCGCACAUUACAGUUUAUUUUCAUGGGGUUUUCCAUUAUUGAUGUUAAGUGUUUCAGCUGCCUUCAUUUAUAAGGAACGUGAUGCAAAAGCCUCCUCGUCAAGAGGUAAUCAGCUUGCGGAGGAAGGAAACAGUGACAUACAUUGUUGGUUAAUGCAUGGAUCGAGCUAUAUUUGGGGAUUUCUUGUUCCCGCAAGCAUUCUUUUAUUUGCUGGAUUUUAUCUAUCAUCGCAGCUUUCUAGUGCCGUCAAAUUAACUGCUGCUUUGCAGAUAGAUCAACGUGCAAGAAAUAAAAUUAUUAAAAGACGUGGGCUUCAAGUUGGAUUGUUUUUUAAGCUUUUGUUGAUAUUGACAGUUGUGCAGCUCAUUGGAGCGAUAGCCUCGAUUACUGAUAUGUCAGAAUUAUGGGCAGUGUAUAGUGUUAGCCAGGGAAUUCAGGGUCUUCUCAUAUCAAUGCUGGUUUCAUGUAAUUGUAAAGUUUUGAGACUUUAUGCACAACCCCGAGGCACAAAAAAACGAAAAGACAAUUAUUCAAGUCUUAAAGAGGGUGAAGGUGGACGAUUUGGCAUCCUGUCAGUAACAAAUCCUAAUUAUGAAAAUUUUGUGACGGCUCAAACGCCAACAACAGAAAUUGACCAGAGUCUCGUAAAAAUGUCAUACAAAGAGGAUAAUUUCAUUGAGCGAAAUGAAUUUCAUUCACAACAGCCUAUAAACGAUAAAAUUUUUGGCGAUUUAUCGAGUGCAUUAAAUAUAAAUGAAAUAGUCAAUGGACCGACUCCUAAAACCGUUUAAAUUUUUAAUAUUACCCAACUAUCUUAUCAUUUCACUUCUUUUAUUACAUUCUCGCAAACAAUAAUCAAUAAUGGGAACAUGAUAGUAUAGAUGGAGAGAGUGGGUUAAAAAAUGCUCAUGCAUGAGCUACGAGAGUGUGUCAGAAAACUCAAUAUACAAUCAAAGAAUAAAUUGAAACCUAAUCAAAACAAUUCUUUUGAUUUGAUUUUGCUGUUUUUGACCCUUAACUUUAGUAAAACAAGCGCAUUCAAAUAGAUAUUGAUAAAUUCAUCAUUGGAGAUUGAAAAUUAUUUUGCGUUUUAUUAUGCAAAACCCUUAAAACCUAAAGACCAGUAUGUUCCAAAUGUCAACUACAUUUUAUGAAAAUGUGCUAAGUCUGACAUUGUAAAAACACAAAUAGAACAGAAAGAAAAAUCCAAAUAGUAUUUUAGUACACUGUUAUAAAAAAGGAGUAUCGAAGGAGAAAAUAAACGGAAAAGGACAAUAAAUUGAAUUUGAUGGCAGCAGCUUUAUUUGAACAAUCUCAAUGUGUCCCUUGUAUAUACACAAAAAAUAUAUCUAGUAAAUAUUCAUACAAAUAUACAUGUAUGCAUGUUUCUACGAAUGACUUUUCAUUCCUUUCCUGUACAUUUAUAAAUAAAUUGAGAAGAAUAAAUGAAACGGCAAAGAAGCAUAAAUGAGAGGCCCAUACAUCAGCCAUCAGAAAAAAACUUGUCAUAAGAGUGACAUAAGAAUAACUUUUGAUGUCAUGUCCACACACUCGUUUGGAAAAAAAUCUGAAAUCCCUUAUCAUUUCUCUUUUCUCCUAUACUUCGAACAUUUAUUCUUCCUUUUCUAUCCGCCUUCUAAUAAUAGUGCAUGAAAAAAGUAACUGAAUGACGAUGGCCAACAUUAAAAGUUCUUUUGAAAAUAAAAUGAAAGAAACAAAGAAACAUGCGAAGGAAAAAAAAAUAAAAACUUCUGGAAAAGGAUUUUCAAGCUUGAUAUGAGGUUGAUAUGAAUAAUAUAUUUAUUGUGUUCUAUUGAUACCAGAUAUAUAUAUAUAUAUAUA